AUGGAACUACCUUCACAAAGCCUCCAACCAAAUUCAAAUCAACGUUGUCACAUGAUUUCUAAUUCUUGGAUUAACAAAAAACUCAUUAACCAAUAUGCAUCACAAAUCCAUCAAAAUCCAAGUCCAAACAAUUGCGGCUAUAAUGCAAAGAGAAACAAAAUCACUGUAAUCUCAAAAAUUUCUAGUUCAUCCAUUUACCAUACAACACAGUGUCAAAUUUUAUUUUGCAGCAAAAAGAGGAAAGAAGAUAAACAAAAUCAAACUGGAGGAAGAAGCAAAGUCGAAGCUAGAUCUGAGUCUAUACUCCACUCCGAGACAACAUCGCGAGAUCGCAGAGCUUCGAAGCUGCAUCGAGCCCAGCCACAAGGAUCAUUGACUCCGUCGACCAGGCUGCUAGCUCUGACGCCAUCCUUCUUAGCCGUCAGAUUUGAUCCCUUUCCUUCAAGAUCUUGUGAAUUUGCUAAUCUUUAUCCGAUUUUAUGA